UGGAGGUGUCACACAGAGUGAAAGGCCCUGUUGCUAACGUAACAAGGGCAAAAAAAAAAAAAAGGUGAUUGGAUGGUGAAGUGUUCGAAGGACAGAUGGAUGGAGAGAGAGGGAGGAAGGAGGAGGGACAGAUAGAUGAAGAAGAAGGGAGAAAGGAAGAGGGAGAAAGGGAGGAGAUGGACGAAGAAGAAGGGAGGAAGGAGGAGGGAGAAAGGGAGGAGGAAAUAGGAGGGAGAAGUGAGGUGCUGCGUGGAGGAGGGAGAAAGGGAGGAAGGAGAGAGGUACAAAUAGACGACGAAAGAGGGGAGAGGAGGAGGGAGGGAGGAGGAGGGAUAGAUGGACGAGGAAGAAGGGAGACAGGAGGAGGGAGAAAGGGAGGAAGGAGGAGGGAGAAAGGAAGGAGGAAAGAGGGGGCAGCGAGUCGAUCAUACAGCUCAGUGUUGUAUCCGGGGAAAAAGGAGGAGACGUCCAAGUUUGUACAGGGACUGAAAUGCAACAUGGCGAAGCGCAAAAUUGACCACGGAAUCAACUCAUGGGACUGGGGAUUGGAUGGAGGAGACUCUACUUACCAUGCACUUUUCCCACGAGCAUGGACUAUUUAUGAUGGUGAGCCCGAUCCAGAGCUAAAGAUCUGCUGUCGCCAGGUUUCGCCAUUUAUUCCACACAACUACAGGGAGAGCUGUCUUCCGUCUUGCGCAUUCUCUUUCCAGCUGGUCAAUACUGGAAGCGAGGAUGCACAAGUGACCCUUUUAUUUACGUUUGCGAACUCUAUUGGUGGCAUUUCACACCUGUCAGGAGGGCAUUUUAACACACCGUUUGAGGAGAAUGAUGGAGUACGUGGAGUGCUGCUUCAUCACAAACCUAAGGGAGUACCGCCCAUCAGUCUUGCGAUUGCAUCCCAGCACACGGAGCAUGUGGAUGUAUCAAUUUGUCCUCGAUUCACGAUCACAGGGCAUGAUGGCCAACGUACGGCGAAGGACAUGUGGGAGGAAGUAAGGCAGAAUGGGUUCUUUUUCAAAAGCAAGGAUGAGCAGAAAUCGCCAUCAGGUGAAGGAUGUGCCAUAGGAGCUGCUGUAGCCGCCUUCACAGUUGUGCCCCCAGGCAUGUCAAGGGAGAUGGUGUUCUCCCUUGCAUGGGACGCGCCUAUAGUGAAGUUUUGUGAGGGCUCAUCGUACUACAGGUACUGCGUCUCUGUCAUAUGCCAUGGUUUGCAGUAGCAUGUCCCACAUGUGAAUGUUAACUGCAUGCUAAGCAUCAGUACAUUUGAACAUUUAACUCACAGUUAAACUC